GGGGAGACACACAGUGCUGGUGCUGCCACAGACCCCCAGUGCUCCGCCACCCGCCGCCCACCCGCCGCCACCAUGGAAGCCAUCAAGAAGAAGAUGCAGAUGCUGAAACUGGACAAGGAGAAUGCCAUCGAUCGCGCCGAGCAAGCCGAGGCUGACAAGAAGCAGGCGGAGGACCGCUGCAAGCAGCUGGAGGAAGAACAGCAGGGCUUGCAGAAGAAGCUGAAGGGCACAGAGGAUGAGGUGGAGAAGUACUCAGAGUCUGUCAAGGAGGCUCAGGAGAAGCUGGAGCAGGCGGAGAAGAAAGCUACAGACGCUGAGGCUGAAGUAGCUUCUCUGAACCGCCGUAUCCAGCUGGUGGAAGAGGAGCUGGACCGAGCCCAGGAACGCCUGGCCACUGCCUUGCAGAAGCUGGAGGAGGCUGAAAAGGCGGCUGAUGAGAGCGAGAGAGGCAUGAAAGUCAUCGAAAACAGAGCCAUGAAGGAUGAGGAGAAGAUGGAACUCCAGGAAAUGCAGUUGAAGGAGGCGAAGCACAUAGCGGAGGAGGCUGACCGCAAAUAUGAGGAGGUCGCUCGCAAGCUGGUUGUCCUAGAGGGAGAGCUGGAGCGCUCAGAGGAGAGAGCAGAGGUGGCAGAAAGUAAAUGUGGUGACCUAGAGGAGGAGCUGAAAAUUGUCACCAACAACUUGAAGUCCCUGGAGGCCCAGGCUGACAAGUAUUCCACCAAGGAGGACAAGUACGAGGAGGAGAUCAAGCUUCUAGGGGAAAAAUUGAAGGAGGCCGAGACCCGAGCGGAGUUUGCAGAAAGAUCCGUGGCAAAGCUGGAGAAAACCAUUGACGAUCUAGAAGACGAAGUGUAUGCACAGAAGAUGAAGUACAAAGCCAUCAGCGAGGAGCUGGACAAUGCACUUAAUGACAUCACCUCCCUCUGAGCCCCACACCGGGCACCAGCACUGCACGCCCUUGCCUGCCUCUCCCCUCCCCAGCACGGCCACCUGCCUGCCUGGCUGCCCCACUGCUCUCCCUGCUGACUUUGUCCUCCUCUGUCCUAUUAGCCUGUGCCUGCCCAUCAGCUCCUAUGGGACAGGAGCCAGCGUGGGGUGUUCCUGCAAUACAACUCUUGGUGGGAGAUGAGGAGAAAGUGCUUAGGGAUGUUUGGUGGGGCAGGGGAGCAGCAUCUGGGACCCCAUAGACUGGGUAGACUGGUAUGGUUGCAAGGUUUGUGCCCCAGCAUUGCCCAAUAGGGAGGGCUGUUCUCAGGAGCCUGCUGUUCCAGUAGCUCUUUCCUCUGCUCCCCAGCACCACAAGCACCAGGAAGCCCGCAGCUCAAGGGCUGAGGGGUUAUUUGCAUCACAUAUACCACCAAAAAAGGCCCCCCCAGUGCUGUUUGUUGGGCCCAAGGUGGGGAGGACAUGCACAGGGGAAGCGGCACCUCCACUGCCAAAGCUCAGACCCUGGGGAUGGAAGUUUGGGUCUGACUGUCAGGCAGCCGUUUCCCAGCCAGGCAGGCAGGCAGCCCUGAGCCCCCUGGCUCCUCUCUGCCCCUACCUCCCUUCUGUCCUUUGCACAUUGCUCUUGAGUUUGCAUUUCAUGACUUUUAAUUUGUGUUCUGUCCCUCUGGGCUACUGAGUUGAUUUCAAUAAAGCAUUUUCUUUCCUUGGUUUCUCCUUUGUUUUGUUCAUGCCAUGCUGUCCCUCAUCUCCUGCCUGUCUCACGCGGGUGCCAGCAGCAGGGUGGUAGGAGGUGGUGCGGGCAGCUCGCAGCUGUGGGACCCUCAGGACGGCUGUGGCUGAGACCUGAGCGGCUCCCAUGCUGCCACGCUGAGUGAGAUAGGGUCCUUUGUGCCUCAGCGAUGAACCCUGCCGCUCCCUGUCUCUCAUACACAGCUUUUCUCAUCUUGUGUCAUCUGCGUGACUCCUUUGGCCUCAAACAGCAGGAUUAAACCUAGUCCUGUACAUUCCCUUUCCCCACUUCCAGUCAUUUCUUGCAAGCAGGAUGUCAGCCCUGACAUCUCUCCUGCGUCAUCAUCCCUUGACAAAGGGGCUGAUCCUACCCUUCGGCAGUGAUCCCUAAAUGGGCUCCUCAUGCUCUUCCUUCUCCUUCCUCAGCAUCCUACCCUGCCCCACAGCCCAGUUCCCAAACUGGUGGACUCACGGUCCCAUCCCUGUCCUGGGACCAGCUGCCUCCUCCUGCCAGUUCAAUUCAUCCCUGGUACUGGCUGGGUGACUGUGGGAUUCCAGUGAGGGCUUUGGGGAAUACUGUCUCUUUUCACUAACUUGACUUUCUCUCUCUCUUCCCUCUGCUGCGCUGACGUCUCCAUUUU